AUUAAGAAGAAAAAAGAUGAAUUGGCAGAUACAAAUUUGAGAUCCAUGGCACAGACAUUAGAUGUGAUUGAGCGUCUUUCUAUUCGUGUCCGUUAUACGCUGAAAGGGCAUUUGGCCAAGAUUUAUGCAAUGCAUUGGUCAACAGACCAGAAACACCUUGUAUCAGCGUCUCAGGACGGGAAACUGAUCGUUUGGGACGCAUAUACAACGAGAAAAACUCAUGCAAUCCCUCUCCGUUCGUCGUGGGUAAUGACGUGUGCUUAUGCACCGAGUGGGAAUUUUGUAUCAUGUGGUGGAUUAGACAAUGUAUGUACGAUAUAUGAUAUAUCGUCGAAAGAUGGGCAUGCAAAGAUUGCCCGUGAGCUUAUGGCACAUACGGGGUACUUGAGUUGUUGUCGGUUUUUGAGUGAUGAACAAAUUUUAACAUCAAGUGGUGAUAUGUCAUGUAUUUUGUGGGAUAUUAAUACGGGUUCAAAAAUCCAGGAGUUUUUGGAUCAUUUGGGGGAUGUUAUGAGUUUAAGUAUCCAUCCAACAAACCCAAAUCUUUUUGUUUCGGGAGCAUGUGAUGCAUUUGCAAAAAUAUGGGAUAUUCGAAUAGGAAAAUCAGUUCAAACGUUUGCAGGACAUGAAUCGGAUAUUAAUGCGGUUCAAUAUUUUCCGAAUGGAAACGCAUUUGCUACGGGUUCAGAUGAUGCAUCAUGUAGACUAUUUGAUGUUCGUGCAGAUCGAGAAUUGAAUCAAUAUUCAGCAGCUAAUAUUAUGUGUGGCAUUACAUCGAUAUCAUUUUCUAAUUCAGGAAGACUUCUUUUUGCAGGAUAUGAUGAUUUUAAUUGCAAUGUAUGGGAUGUUUUACGGGGAAAUCGUGUGGGAAUUCUUCAAGGCCAUGAUAAUCGUGUAAGUUGUGUAGGCGUAAGUAAGGAUGGACGAAGUUUGGCCACUGGUAGCUGGGAUUCAUUACUAAAAAUUUGGGCAUAAAAGUGUCCUUUAUUUUUUCAAUCAUCAAUCACAGUUGUU